AAGACCAUGUGACCGUGGUAUUUUAUCAACAUGGCGUUUGAAGAGAAGAGGAAGUGCAUUUGGCAUGCAUUUAACGCUCUAGACGAACACCAAAACGAUGCUGUUCAAGUGUCACAAUUAAAGGUACUAACUCAUAACAUAGCCAACACUCUGGGUGUACAGCGAGCAGAACAAAGUUUAGACAUGCACCAGUCUUCGACAGCUCUCAGUUUUAAAGACUUCCUUCAUAUUGUCCAGUCGGAAAUAUUUGACCCACUUUUGAACUCCCCCAAUGAAGUCGAUUACAAUAAAGUAGAUGAAGUUUGCUGGAUGGUAUGUAGUAAGAAAUACCUAAAGCGUGAACAGGCUGUCCUCAGUGAUGAUGGAGUGUACAAACUUUGGAGAGUUUUUAAUUUUUUGGCAGAGUGUGACUCUGAGGGCGUGCCUCUGUUCCCAGUGGUGAUGGACUGUGAUGAGGUAGCCUUCGUGUUCAAGGAAUACACAGAAACGGUCGGGGAGACAUGGAAUGAAAAAGACUUUGAAACUAUCAGCAAGGAAAUCCCCUUGUUUAAUUAUCAUCAAGUAUUGAACUACAUGGAGUCCCAUUGCGCCAAGGACCAGCAAACCAGUGUGGUCUCGGCAGGCUUGCAAGAGCUGUAUAAUCAGUUUAUAAAUGAUGUUAUACGAAAGGGCUGGAUAAAGAUAAAAACAAGUUCAGACACAUGGGAAGGAAAAAUGGGCUGGUUGACCAAAAAAGGUCAUAUGAUGACCAACUGGAAAGAAAGAUGGUUUGUUCUUACUCCAAGUUGUUUGAAAUAUUUUACCAACAGAGAUGAAGUGGAACUUAAAGGAGAAGUGAGAAUUAGCAGCCAUGUUAAAGUAGAGGCUCUUCCAGAUAAACCUAGCCACAAAAUGGGACAACACCGUUUCCAUGUAUGUUCAGAGACGGGCAAAACAUAUGAAAUAGGCGCUAAAGACAUGAAGAACAAAAACAGAUGGAUAAGAGCUGUUCAGCUGGCUAUAAACCAUGCCCCCAGUGCUGAGAAGUUCCAGCGUACCCAGGCCAUGGCCAGAAAAGCAGAGAGAGAUGCAGCAAGAGCAAAAGCCAAAGAAGAUGAGGAGAGAAGACGGAAAGAAAUGGAAGAAAUGGAGAAGACUAAAUCUGAAUUAGAAAUACUAAGAAAGAUGAGAGCAGAGUCUGAUGCAAAACUGCUUGAAGAAGCUUCUUUGAGAGAAUCUGAACAGAAGCGACUAGAGGAACUUAAAAAAGCACAGGCAGAGGUAGAGGCCAGGCUCAAAGAAGAGACAGCUUUGCGUGAAGCAGAUCGAAAGCAGCUUGAAGAGCUGGCACAAGCUAGAGCUGAAGCAGAAGAAAGGUUGCGAAAGGAAACAGACAUGCGUGAAGAAGAUCGGAAGAAGUUGGAGGAGCUUGUUAAGACACAAGCAGAAACCGAAGCCAGGCUGUUGGAGGAAUCUGCUCUGCGAGAGGCUGAACAAGUGAGGCUGCAUCAGCUUGAAGAUGCACAGAAGCAGCUAGAAGAGAUGUUACAAGAGGAGAUCCAGGCAAAGAAGGAUGAAGAAAUUGUCAGAUCUCUGCAGGCAAGGCUCCUUGAGGAAGAGUUUGAAAAGAGAGAGGCAUUAGAGAAACUAAAGGCUGAACAAGAACAGUUGCUAGAGACAGAAAGACAGAAGAGAGUAGGCCUGGAAGAGGCACAAAAGAAGCAGGAAGAAAUGCUUAAUGAAGCCAAAGUCCAGCUUGAAAGAUUGGAACUUGAGCGCAAAGCUGCAGAUCAAAAAAUGAUGGAAGCAGCUGAAAAACUGAAAGAAGCUGAAAAGGCUCGAGAGGCAGCAAAAGCCAAAGUCCGCGAACGCCAGAAACCAGUUGGUUUAGCCAGACUGAUAACACCAGAGCCAAACCCUUUUAUUACACACAGAGGUUAUGGUGCUUUCUCGGAAGCCGAGUUUCUUCCAAAGUCAAAACGUCAGAAUUUAUUGAGCCAUGAUCCAGAAAAGUCUGACACAAUGGAUGGCAAUGAUUCUAGCCCCUGCGUGAGUCCAGUUGGUCCCCAAUCCCCACAGUCGCCUCCAGCACUGCCCACGUCACCAGUAGCAGCCUCCCAGACAUCGCCACCACCUCUCCUUUCAUUACAUGAAAAUGGUGGGUCAGGGCCUGUAAAACUUGCCAUGAACAACCAUGGAGAGGAUGAAGAUACAGUAGAAUUGUAAAUCAAGGGGGGUAGGUCUAAAAUAUGGGGGUAGGGGGGGGGGGGCUAUCAUUUUUGCCCAUUUUUUCUAUCCAUUAUUACGUGCAUAAUUGUAUGUGUAUUCUGUAUUGUUUGUACCAGAUUUAUUUAUGAUAACUUUUCAUGAAAAAAAAAUUGAUCAUGAGGAAGAAGCCUUAGAUUUUUCUCAAGGAUGUUAUUUUGUAUUAAAACUUGUAUUAAAACUUGAAUGUUUGUGAAAUAAGUAUUAAAUGGUGAUUAUUUAUAUAAUGAAAAUGCAAUAGUAUACUGAAAUUGAAAAAAAAAAUCUUGAAGUGUGCCACUUAAUAUUUUGAAAGCAUAGGGGUGAACUAUAGGCACAAAAUAAUCCACAAGAGGGAAUAUAAUUUUCUAUACAAUACUUUCCCUUUAUACCCAGUGUGAAGUUAACUUUAUCUAUUCAUUCAGAACGAUGUGUGAUCUAAAAUUUGAAUGAAGAUUACAUUUUACAUUUUCAUAUUUUAAUCACAUAAUAGUAAUCAGUCACAAAUGUGCUUUAUUCUGAUGCAGCCAUAUCACCCCUUUUCCCCGCUGCAAGUACUAUUCAUAUAUUGUUAUAUAUUGAAAAGUCUGACACAACAUGUGUUAUAUAUUGAUAUAUUAAAUAUUAAUGGACAGCACUAUUUUGCAUUAUUUUAGACACUUGGUUUUCAUGUAAAUAUUUCUAUACACAUGCAUGUAACCAGGUUUUGAGGUUUCUUUGUAACAUGCCUCUUAAUGUGACUAAUCUAAAACAUUGUAUUUUAAAAUAUUUUAUCAGAAAGAAAGCAUUCCUGUUUUGGAAGAAUGUAAGAUUAAAAAUUGCCACGAGAGUUUUCACUUACUUUUCAUUGAGGCAGUUUCAAACAAAUGAUAGUAAAAUACAGAGCAAUGUGUAAUCUCAAUGUCAGUCAUGAAAGACAAGAAAUUAUUCUUCAUAAAACAGUUUUAUUUACUACUUUUAAUCCAAGGUUCUGCCUCAAAAUCCAUAAGCUUUGGAAUGCAGCUUGGUCAUAGUUUCAUACAACUUAUUACUUCUGUUGUCAGCUUACACCACUGUGAUUGAUUUCAUUGAAAUCUCUUUUCUUCAGUGGUUGCCAGUUGUAUACCUUUAUUUCUGCAAGUGAAAUAGUCCAAAAAGUGAAAUACUUCCAAAGUAUUCUUUAUUACAGAUAUAAGUAAAAAAGAAAAUCCCUAUCUUCUACCAUUGUUGUUUAUGCAAUAGGGAAAAUAAAGAUAUUUUGAAAAGCUUCAUA